UGUGGCAGUUGUGUGGUGGCUGACUGCGUUCUCUGCUGGGACUCUUUAUGUGUCACUGCUGUCCUGCACUGACAAUGAGAGCGAGUGUGUGACUGUGCAUGUAAGGGUGGGGAAGAGAGAGAGAGAGAGAGAGAUCCAGAGCAUACACGAGGCAGGAGGUGCUCCCUCUAAUCCCGGUUGCGACGCCAGACAGCAUUGCACCGGCUGCUACAAUACACUUAAUGGAGGCUCAAGCAGACUCUAGUGUUGCAGAGCCACUUAGAGACAGAGAGUUUCAGAAGCUUCUAAAGUCCUCCAGCUCUGCCAGUCUAACCAGUGAGGCAUCCCAUAAUGCUUCAGGAGCGCAGCAUGUUGGUACUCCAGCACAUCACGGCAGCCAGUUGCUAAUCACAGAGAAACGGCAGCCUCUGAGCAGUGUGUCCUCACUAGAGGUCCACUUUGAUCUCCUGGACCUGACGGAGCUCACAGACAUGUCUGACCAGGAACUUGGAGAAGUAUUUGCUGACUCUGAUGAAGAGAAUCAUAUAGAAUCUCCAGCGAUUCACCCCGCAGAUCGCCAGCAGGCCCCGUUGCCUCGAUUUCCACACAGCGGGUACGUCCGCUCGCCGUCCUGGACUCGUGGCGGAAAGGGAGAACAGCAGCCAAGGGACCGAAAGCACCACAGCGACUCAGACAACAACACAGAGCCUAUGUUGAAGAUAGAGCGCUCUCAAUCCCAGCAGCCUUGAGCCAGGGGCCGCUACAGGGGCUCAGGGAAAAGCCCUUACAUGGGGAAUAGAGGUUCCUUCUCAAGCAAAUAAAAGAGGAACUUCUGGGAUAAAAAGACACUGCAAUCCCACCUAAAGAAAAAGCAAUCCCUUUGCCCAUUAUGAUGGGUAAGGAGACAGCUCCAAUAAGCUGGGGUAAAGGUAGACUCAAGACGGAAAAGACUUCAUCCAACCAGGUUCUUGGGAGGCCUCUGAGUGACAUAGUGACAUCUAUCAUCUCCAUUUGACUACUGCAUAUGGAGAACUUGAAGCAUGAUGUAGCAUUAUGGACAACACUGACUGAACUAACGGAAGAGAAAUGUGAAUUGGAAGACUUUCAGAGUGAGUUUAACGCCUCAUGGACCAAGAAUGUGUCAAAUCAGAAUUUGUCAGUCAUAAGACACGUUCAGAGAGGCUACAGCAUGGUUCAAGACAUGCCUGUGUAAAGGGUCCAAAAAGAGGCUACAAACAAAAGUGUCCUUUCAGAGGUUCUGCAUGGAAAUUGGACGACUCGGAGAGAAAUAUUUUGUAGAAAAACAGUUCAUGCUUAAAGGGACAGUUCAACCAAAAUCCAAAUUCUGUCAUCAUUUACUCACCGUCGAGUUGUUCCAAAUCUGUAUAAAUUUCUUUGUUCUGAUAAACACAGAGAAAGAUAUUUGGAUGAAUGCUUGUAACCAAACAGUUCUUGGACCCCUUUGACUACCAUAGGAAAAAUCGCUUUAUACAUUUUUUGUUCUGUUGAACACAAAAGACAUUUUGAAAGAUGUAGGGAAGCCAACAUUUCCGGGGCACUUUUGACUACCACUGUCAUUUUGCCUACUAAAUGAAAUGAUGACAGAAUUAAAAUUUUGGGGUAAACUGUCCCUUUAGUGCCAGCAACAUAUACCCUACACAAUGACAUGAAUGCUAACACUUUUAGCUAUACAACCUCAAAGCCACCACUGCAUUUCAAAACACAUCCGAAAUCAGUUCAUAAUGUAUCACAAGUGUUGGCUGCAUUUCCACAUGGGGAGCUAUAAACAAACACAAUGUGUUGACUCGAUGUUCACAAAGUAACAACCAUUCACAUUGAUGUUUUCCUACUUGUGUAGGGUAUGUUUCUGACCGACGUUAUCCAGUAUAGCAAUUGAUGUUGCACUUAAAUGGAAGCAAUAUGUUUGUUUUGAACCACCCUGGACAAAGUAAUAAUGUUGCAGUGUCAUUUCUAUCAAGACAAUUUAAAUCUACUGGUUCAAUUGUGUCCUAAAUUGGUUUGUGUCCUAAAAUGUGCCAAAUAGAGAUAUUAAAGGAAAACUGCAAUUUAAGAAGUGAUACUGACACAAGUAUUUAAGAAACAGUUCACCCAAAAAUAAUUUACUCAAUCUCACAUCGUUCCAGAAAGUUCAAGGCUCAUUGAACCUAAAAAGAUUGAUUACUGUGUAUAAAAGCAAAGUGAACACCCUAGGUAACUUUAUGUAAGAGGAAGGAUAAGAGGUUGAAAAGCGUAUUUUUGGACGAACUAUUCUUUAUCAGACUUGUCAAAGACUGUAUUUCUAUCACCAAACAAGGUUAUUACAGGGUUAAGUGAUGUCAAGCAUGUUCUAGGGUCACAUCAAAGAAGUGUAAAAACUACCAGAAUCAUUCUAACAGUCUAACUCUAAAAGAUUUUAAGAUAGAAUAAAAAAGGGAAUUAAAUCAAACAUGGAAAUAAAACAUGGGCGCUGAGGGGGUGGAGGUUCGUGGUGUGAUAUACAGAUGGUUUCAGCGGCAACAACAUAAACAAAUGUUAUUUGGCCCAAACUUAACGUCUGGCAGACCUCUUGAAAGAAUCAACAACUGUUGAGUAGUUUUAAUUUAAUUUAAUUAAAUCCAAGAAAACAUUCAUAUAUAUCAAUAUUAAUAUAAAUUAAAUAUAGGAUAAAUUGUUAUGUUAUAACCAAACACAGACCGGAAGUUAACUUCAGGCCAGGCAGAUGAAACCAUCAAUUCAGUCAUGUCCCUGUUGAAAUAAACAGCAUAUGCUGGUGGAUCUUGAUGCUGGUUUGUGCUAGUUUAAGGUGGUCAUGUGCUGGUCAAAACGGCAUCAAACCAUAUACCUAACCCAGCAUAUGCUGUUUUUUCUAAAGGGGUGAUUGACAAAGGACAAAGAAAAGCAAGAAACUGUAUGAGGGAAAGGCUGCAACCCCCCCCCCUCCCUCCGCUAGGUUAGUUAGCCAGUGGUUAACCAACUAGAUAAAGAUGUUUUUCCUAGAAGGAAGCAGAAUCCAUCUGAGCCAUUACAGUGUUUACUUACUCCAUACAAUUUACAGUGCUAGUUACAAUCACUUCUACUAGUCAUUGUUAGCAUCCAAACAAAAUCUAUGGUUUUAUGAAUCACAGUGGGCUUCUGGUGAUGACGAAAGGCUUUUCACACCAAUACUGAUAUAACUAUAAAGACAACAAUAGCUUUAUUAGCAUGUGUAUGUCUAGACAUAGUAACUGGUAUUGUUAUUGAUUGUCAGUGUCUAUAAAGGCCAUCUAUGCUAUGUUGCUUCCUACAUUUGAGGUGUUGUCAAUGACGUAGUUUUUUGGCUGUAGUCCAGCUGUGGGUAGCAUUUUACUGGAUUUGUUGAUGCAUACAGGCCGGUUCAAAGCCUUUCAUAAAGAACCACAUCCAUUCAAAGCAAAGCGCUUCUAAAAAAUCUGUUUAACCAUGGAUGCUGCUGUUUCUGGUACUGAAUCUCACCCAGCUAACAUGGCAGUGUCUGUAAUGAAGUUAAGCCGGGGAAGGGAAAGUGUGAUACAUCAUCUGCUGAUGCCCUACUUCAGUUUCUGCCAGUGUUGGAAAUGUAAUGCAAUCUAAUGCUUGAAGAUGGUGUAGAAAAAUGACUUUCCUGUAAAAACAAGGAAAGACAUUUUUGAAGAGUGUCAAUCACUGAAAUCGUGAUAUUGCGGUUAUAUGAAGACAAUUUAACAUAAUCACAUAUCAAUAAUCACGCAGCAUAUCAGUCACCUGUGAAUGACUUUCUACUGUGGAACACAAAGAUAUUUUGAGAAAUGUCUGGGUGGUUUUGUGUUCAUACAAUGGA